GCCCCUGCCUGCGGCCCCCUGGCUGCCCCUCACGCCAAUGCUGCUUCCCCCCGUUUUGUUGCUUUGACCACCUUAAAAAUCUCAGGGCCUCCAAAAUGUCCCACCGAAACCCACUCCCUUCACGCCUCCUCCUGCUCAAAUUCAUAACGCCCGAGGAGCCAAGAACCCGGGUGAGGUGAGGACGCAGGGCGACCGCCGUCACCUUCACCUAAUCGGCUAAUCCCAACUCCCCCACUAGUCCCCAAGUGUCCGUCUUCCUCGCUUCGGUCACCAGAGCAGGCCGGAGUUAAACCAGGCUGUUGAGAGGAGCGAUGAAGAGCCCCCCUGCCAUGGAUCCCGAAGCGCCGCCGCCGCCGCCGGGCACUCCCCCGGAUGAGGAGGAGGAGAAGCGGGGAGGACGGAAGGGGGUGCCAUGGCGGAUGACGCUGAGCCUGGCGUACCAGAGCCUGGGCGUGGUGUACGGCGACCUCAGCACGUCGCCGCUGUACGUGUACAAGGCGGCGUUCGCGGAGGACAUCCAGCACACGGAGAGCAACGAGGAGAUCCUCGGCGUGCUCUCCUUCGUCUUCUGGACCCUCACGCUCGUGCCUCUCCUCAAGUACGUCUGCAUCGUCCUCCGCGCCGACGACAACGGCGAGGGCGGCACCUUCGCGCUCUACUCCCUCCUCUGCCGCCACGCGCGCGCCGCGCUCCUCCCGCCCGGCCGCGCCGCCGCCGGGGACGACGACCAGCUCCUCGACGCCGCCGCCGCCGGUGCCGCCAAGAAGGCCGCGGCGGAGAACGGCAAUGCCGUGACGCUGGGCGGGCGCGGCGGGGGCGCCGCCGCCAGCGUCAGGAGGCUGCUGGAGCGCCACAAGGUGCUGCAGCGGGUGCUUCUCGUGCUGGCGCUGGUCGGCACCUGCAUGGUGAUCGGCGACGGCGUGCUCACGCCAGCCAUCUCCGUGUUCUCAGCAGUCUCUGGGCUGGAGCUGUCCAUGGAGAAGGAACACCAUAAAUAUGUGGAACUGCCUAUUGCUUGUAUCAUACUGGUUUGCCUGUUUGCACUGCAACACUAUGGUACACAUCGGGUCGGCUUCAUUUUCGCUCCAAUUGUGAUCACAUGGCUUCUAUGUAUAAGCAUGAUUGGUGUUUACAAUAUUAUUCAUUGGGAACCCACUGUAUACCGAGCGUUAUCUCCGUAUUACAUGUACAAGUUCUUAAGGAAGACACAGAGAGGAGGUUGGAUGUCCCUGGGAGGAAUACUGUUGUGCGUAACUGGUUCUGAAGCAAUGUUUGCUGAUCUGGGGCAUUUUAAUCAGUUGUCAAUACAGAUUGCUUUUACAUGCAUGGUGUAUCCAGCAUUGAUCCUCGCAUAUAUGGGACAAGCUGCUUACCUGUGUAGGCAUCAUAUCAUGGAAAGUGACUAUAGGAUUGGAUUCUAUGUGUCUGUGCCAGAGAAAAUCAGGUGGCCUGUUCUGGCGAUUGCUAUUCUUGCUGCCGUUGUGGGGAGUCAAGCGGUUAUCACGGGUACAUUCUCAAUGAUCAAGCAGUGCACUUCUCUGGGCUGCUUUCCUCGGGUGAAGAUAGUUCAUACAUCUGCCAAAGUUCAUGGGCAAAUAUACAUCCCUGAGAUCAAUUGGAUCCUGAUGAUACUGUGCCUAGCUGUAACCAUUGGUUUCAGGGAUACUAAGCAUUUGGGAAAUGCAUCAGGACUGGCUGUUAUAACUGUCAUGCUGGUCACAACAUGUCUGAUGUCCCUGGUGAUAGUCUUGUGCUGGCAUAAGAGCAUAUUUCUUGCAAUUGGCUUCAUUGUGUUCUUUGGAACCAUUGAGGCACUGUACUUCUCAGCUGCACUUAUCAAGUUUAGGGAAGGAGCCUGGGUCCCAAUCGUCCUGGCUUUCAUCUUCAUGUUGAUAAUGUGCAUCUGGCACUAUGGCACCAUCAAGAAGUAUGAGUUCGACGUUCAGAGCAAGGUUUCCAUCAACUGGCUUCUUGGUCUCAGCCCAAACCUCGGUAUUGUUCGUGUCCGUGGCAUUGGCCUCAUCCACACCGAGCUUGAGACUGGCAUCCCAGCAAUCUUUUCGCAUUUUGUCACCAAUCUGCCUGCCUUUCAUCAGGUGCUCAUAUUCAUGUGCAUCAAGAACGUCCCGAUCCCUCAUGUCCGGCCUGAAGAGCGGUUCCUUGUCGGAAGAAUUGGCCCGAAGGAGUACAGAAUUUACCGGUGCAUCGUCAGGUACGGGUACCAUGACUUCCACAAGGACGACAUGGAGUUCGAGAAGGAGCUGGUGUGCAGCAUCGCGGAGUUCAUCCGUUCAGGGUCUUCCAAGUUCAACGGCAUGUCCGAUGACUUCGACAAGGACGAGGAGCAGCGGAUGUCAGUCGUCCGCUCCGGCAGCAUCCGCAUGCUGGAGGAGGACGGCCCGGUGGAGAACACCGUUGGACCCUCGCACGCAAGGGAGAUUCAGUCGCCGUCGCUGACACCGGCACCAGCACCGGUGGUGGGAGUCAAGAAGCGGGUGCGGUUCGUGCUGCCAGCGGCGAGCCCAAAGCCGAACGUCGGUGUGCAGGAGGAGCUGCAGGAGCUGUCGGACGCGCGGGAGGCCGGCAUGGCGUUCAUCCUCGGCAACUCGCACGUCAAGGCUAAGAGCGGGUCGAGCUUCCUCCGGCGGUUCGUGAUCAACUUCUGCUACGACUUCUUGCGGCGGAACAGCCGGGGGCCCAACUACGCCGUCACCAUCCCGCACGCCUCCACGCUGGAGGUCGGCAUGAUGUACUAUGUCUGAAGUCUGAACCCCUGAAACUCUCUGGAGAAGAUGAACAUAGUAGGAAGAGUAAAAGAUGAAGAGGAGAUGAAACAAAGUUUUCAGCUGUAUAUGCUAGAUUUUGUAAGUGAUGUUGAGUUGUCGUGUAAAUGCAGCCUGAUUUUCUUAGGUCUUCA